UAGGGAAGUGAGAACGUGACUGACUUUUAGAACUCCAUAAGAAUCAGGGAUUUUAUUAUCCACAUAAAUCAACGCUGAAGACAUCUUAACAAGUCUUCAAGAUGUAUAAAACGGUCGCAGAAUGCUACGAAGGUCAAUCUGUUUUUAUGACUGGAGGCACCGGUUUUCUAGGAAAGGUGAUCUUAGAAAAAUUAUUAUACAGUUGUCCUGGAUUAGACAAAGUUUAUGUAAUGGUGCGAGACAAGAAAAGCACAAUUGCCCAGCAAAGAUUCCUGAAGGUUCUAGAACAGCCGAUUUUCUCAAGAUUAAGAAACGAAAAUCCCCAGGCCCUUGACAAAAUUGUUCCAAUUGUGGGAGAUAUCUCCGAACCUAAACUCGGACUCAACGCUCAAGAUGAAGAGCUUUUAACUAGUAAGGUUUCGUUCGUUUUCCACGUUGCUGCAACAGUCAAGUUCAACGAACCCUUCGAAGUUGCUAUGAAUAUUAAUGUAGCUGGUACGAGCAGGGUACUCGAACUCAGUCAUCGUAUGAAGAAUAUUAAGGCUUUUGUUUAUGUUUCCACUGCUUAUUCGAAUACAAACAGAGAUGUCAUUGAUGAAGUGAUAUACCCGGCACCGGCUUCUUUGAAUGAAAUAAAGAAGUUACUAGAGAUUGGAAUAACUGAAAAGCAAGUGAAGGAUCUUAUAGGUAACAGACCAAAUACGUAUACAUUCACGAAAGCGAUUGCGGAGAAUCUAAUAGCUGAUAAUAAUAAUCGUGUACCAUCUGUGAUAGUCCGACCAUCUGUAGUAUCAUCUAGUAAAGCGGAGCCUCUUGUUGGAUGGAUUGACAACUGGUUUGGUGCCUCCGCCCUCUUGACUACAACCUCUAAGGGCUUGAAUCGUGUACUCCUCGCCCACCCUUCGAAUUCUCUCGAUCUCAUACCUGUUGAUUAUGUGUCAAACUUAAUAAUUGUUGCUGCGUCCAAAUGUGAAAGCUCAAAAGAAGUCAAAGUUUACAAUUGCAGUUCGAGUGCAGAAAAUCCAAUUACAAUGAAACGUUUGGCUAAUCUUACCAUUGAAGACAGUUACAAGAACAAAUGUUAUGACGUACCACUGCCGUUCUUAUACUUCACACAGUACAAAUGGGUGGUGUUCCUUUUAACGCUGAUAUUGCAAACGAUACCAGCCUAUAUCGGCGACAUAAUUUUAUCGAUAACAGGAAAAAAGACCAGGUUCGUAAAAAUACAAGCCAAAACAUCCUUGGUACGAAACACGUUGGAAUAUUUCACAUCAAAUAGUUGGGUCAUACGAGCGUCGAAGACAAGAGCCUUAGCGCAGUCUCUCUCGCCAGCUGAUAAAGAAACCUUCCCUUGCGAUCCUGCGGAUAUUGUAUGGGACGAAUACAUCCCAACUUAUUGCGAGGGGAUAAGAAAGUUUUUAUUACAAAAAAAAUAA